CUGCAAUAACAUAAAUUCAUAGGCAGCUAAAAAAAAUCCUUUUCAGGUGAUACACCCUUUUCAGAUAAAUGAGGAGACACUAAACAGGUGAUACGCUCUAUUCAGACAGCUAAAAAACCGUUUUCUUGCAAAGCUAGGGGUGCAAACGUGGGCACGACUGCGCACUGAAAUGCGUAGCUGCCAAACUUCUAUAAUUGCAGAGAGUUUGACCUCACAUUUUUAAGCAACAAGGUCCCUUUGUAAAUCUAGUCAGAGCCUAAUGAUGUUCUUCUGAAACCCAAAAGAAAAUAAGAUGUGUGCUUCUUAAUGAGCGGAUCUGUCCAUGUUUUUAGCUUCUCCAGUUACAUGGUCAAACAAUAGGUGAUGCAUGUCCAAUGGAAGACCAUGGAAUUUUCUGCACUACUGAUGCUCACGUUUACCUACAAUCUCGUAUGUAUAUGCACAAAAGGUUGGUUCAUUUCAAAAAAAAAACAUCCAUGGUAACAAUACAAAAACCGAAACAACUAAAAUUAUAUGAGUUUGUUCUGUUCAUAAACAUAUGAGUUUGUUCUGUUCAUAAACAUAUGAGUUCGUUUUGUUCAUAAACAUAUGGAAUCCAACUAAAAUUGUACUCCCUCCGUCCCAUAAUGUCAGAUGUUUUUUUGACACUACACUAGUAUCAAAAAAUGUCUUACAUUAUGGGACGGAAGGAGUAGAAAUCAGCACAUUCAGACAAGAAUACCCAGCAGUCACAUCUAAAAGAAUGGUUGGUUUAUCAUCGUCCAGACGAUAACAACCACAACCCAGCAUUUCAAGCUUCCUAGAAAUAUCUCUCCUUGACUGCUUCCAAGAUUCCCAGAAACUUCCUGUGGGAAAAGGACCACAAAUAAAAUGCUUGACUGACUCUGCUUUUUCCCAGCGUUUUGUUGUACCUUGCCCAAGAUAAACUCAUCCGCUUCUUUGCUUCCAUAUCCCAGUUCCAUAGUUCUCUGCAGCAAUGGAUCCCCUUCCCAUACACACAAUCAUCUGCGUUGUUUGUUGGUCAUAUUGGUUAUCCCCAUUCUGUGCAUCAUCCAGCAGCCGCCUUCUUCCCGACAAACCGCUUUCUGCUGGAAGCACCAUCACCUCCGACGACGGCACUUUUGCCCUGGGAUUCUUCCCCCCGUCCAGCUCUGGCACAAAACAUUACUACGUCGGCAUAUGGUACAAGAACAUACCCCAAGACAACAUUGUGUGGGUUGCCAACCGUGCUAUGCCGAUCGCUGAUCCUUCUUCUGCAACACUCGCCUUCACAAACAGAUCCAAUCUCGCCUUGUCAGACACCAAUGGCCAGCUUUUCUGGACGACAAACAUCAGUGCUGCAGGAAAUUCAUUGUCAGAGGCAACUGGUGGAGAAGCCACGCUUGAGAACAAUGGGAAUUUUAUCCUUUGGUCAUCACAAGGCACCAUCUUAUGGCAAAGCUUCGAUUACCCGACCGACACUCUCCUUCCAGGUAUGAAACUCAGGAUCACCCACAGGACGCAUGCACUACAACGGCUCAUCUCUUGGAGAAACCCCCAAGACCCAUCCCCGGGCAACUUCUCAUAUGGUGCAGACCCUGAUGAGUUUCUGCAGCGUUUUAUAUGGAAUGGCUCAACACCAUACCGGCGAAGUCCGGUAUGGAAUAAAUUUGUGGAAGUCGGGCAGUAUAUCGAGAGUAUCAAGUCCACGAUUUACUUUACACUACAACCUAUUGAUGAUGAGGUAUACAUUUCCUUUGGACUACCAGCACCAAGCGUCUCCUCGUUAGUGCUAAUGAAGAUGGACUGCUCAGGAAAGAUGAAGAUACGAACCUGGAAUAGCAACAUGUCCAAAUGGACUGACCUGCAGUCAGAACCUAACCAGGAAUGCAACAAAUUUGGUUACUGUGGUCCAUUUGGUUACUGUGACAACACGCAACCUAUUGUAACAUGCAAGUGUCUUGAUGGCUUUGAGCCAAAUAAUAAACAAGACUGGACGGCCCGCAGGUUUUCGCAGGGAUGCCAACGAAUGGAAGCACUAAGAUGUGCUCAAGGGGAUGGCUUCUUAAAUGUGUCAACCAUGAAGGUUCCUGAUCAGUUCUUGUAUGUCAAGAAUAGAAGCUUAGAUGAAUGCAUAACAGAAUGCACAAGCAACUGCUCCUGCAUGGCAUAUGCUUACGCCAAUAUGGGCACCAAGGUUAUCAAUGGGGAUGAAACUAGGUGCCUAUUAUGGAUUGGAGAUUUGAUUGACACAGAGAAGCUCAUUGGAGAAGGGGAAAACCUCUACAUCCGGGUUAAUGGAUUCAAUGAUAAAAAGCAGAAGAGCGUUGUUUUAAAAAUUACACUGCCAGUCGUGUCAAGUUUGCUCAUAGUCAUAUGUGCGUGGCUUGUUUGGAUCUGCAACUUGGGAGGCAAACAAAAAAACAAGAAAAAUUGGAAGAAGGUGAUGUCAGGAACUUCGAGCACUUCUGUUGAACUUCACGAUGGAAACUUAAAGUAUCCUUUUAUAAGCUUCAAAGAAAUUGUACUUGCAACAAACAAUUUUUCUAACUCCAACAUGCUUGGACAUGGAGGUUUUGGCAAUGUUUACAAGGGGACAUUAGAAGAUGGUACAAAAAUUGCUGUGAAAAGGCUUAGUAAGGGUUCUGGCCAGGGGGUAAUGGAGUUCAGAAAUGAAGUAAUACUCAUUGCGAAGUUGCAGCACCAAAACUUGGUUAGACUUCUAGGUUUCUGCAUCCAUGGAGAUGAGAAACUAUUGAUAUAUGAAUACUUACCUAACAAAAGUCUAGACGCCAUGCUUUUUGCAGAUGCCACAAGAAAAUCAAUGCUUGAUUGGCCGAUGAGAUUCGAGAUAAUCAAAGGGGUAGCUAGAGGACUUCUUUAUCUUCAUCAGGAUUCAAGGCUGAAGAUAAUUCACAGGGAUCUCAAAGCAAGCAACAUAUUAUUAGAUGCCGAAAUGAGCCCUAAGAUAUCUGAUUUUGGUAUGGCAAGGAUAUUUGGUGGCAAUCAGCAGCAAGAAAAUACCAACCGUGUCGUUGGCACAUACGGUUACAUGUCCCCUGAAUAUGUUUUGAAAGGAGUGUUUUCUGUCAAGUCUGAUGUAUAUAGCUUUGGAGUUUUACUACUGGAGAUUGUGAGUGGCUCAAAGAUCAGCUCUGUGCACCUAAAAGCAGACUUCAGCAGCAUUAUAGCCUAUGCAUGGAGCUUAUGGAAGGAUGGGAACACACAGGAUUUUGUUGACUCGUCAAUUGUGGGGAGCUGCUCACUUAAUGAAACUUCACGGUGCAUCCAUAUCGGACUCUUAUGUGUUCAAGGCAGCCCAAAUGCGCGGCCACUCGUGUCAUCAAUCGUGUCCUUCCUGGACAAUGGAGAUAUAUCACUUCCAACUCCAAAAGAGCCCAUGUAUUUUGCAGAAGAUAACUAUGGUACUGACGGAGCAGCAGAAAAUACUGCCAAGUCUGCAAAUAACAUGAGCAUUACAGUACUGGAGGGACGCUAGCACCUAGCAGUCUAAUUUCUGCAUAUUUGUAUGUACUUUUUACAAUUGUAUACCGGAUAAGAAACUGCAUUUGUAUUGAAGAAGUAGAAGCUUUGUUUUAAUAUAGAUAAUGUAUUUCAACUCCUCCUACGGCAAAAUGGGAGAGGUCAAAAUGUUCUUAUUAAAGACCCUUCUCACCAAGAAUUUUGGAUGCAUAAAAGAAGGCAAGUUAAGCAGUUUUUUUUUGUAUCCUUAAAGAAGGAUAGUAGGACUCUAUA